CUGAACAUCCGAAAACUGUUCCUCAUCUCACCAUCACCACCACAACCUCAUUACCAGUGAAAGACUGCCCAUCUGUCAAUAACAAUUAAUCUAACCAAAUACAAUCAAUCAACACUCAAUUAUUCCAAAUAUACACCGCUAAAAUGGUCAAACUCACCGAAGUCGAAGAUGAGCAUUUCACCACCGAAAAGCCCAUCCCAACCAGCAAGGACACUCUCCUCAUGUCCGAUAACGAAGAAGACGACGAUUUCACUGAUACCGAAUCCGAAAUCUCAGUAGACUCAACCUACGACCUCACCAACGAAACCCUUUACGACCGCCUCAUCGCCCUCAAAGACAUCAUCCCCCCGCAAUCCCGUCGCCGAAUCAUCAGUACCGUAAACAGUAUAACCGACGCAACAAAAUCGACUUUUUCAUUCAGCGGAAAAGCGUUGUGGGUUAUUUCGACAAGUGCGUUUUUGUUGGGUGUUCCUUGGGCGUUGGCGUUUGCAGAGGAGGAGCAGUAUGUGCAGAUGGAGAGGGAGCAGGGGAUGAUGAGGGGUGCUAAUGAGAUGCUUACUCCCGGGACAAAUGCUGCUGCUGCUGCGCUCGGUGCUGCUGGUACCGAGCAGUCCAAGCCUGCUCUGUAAAGAGUCUGUCUUGUCAAUAAUAUAAGAUUAUCCUCCUGCUUCCGAUAACGACUUGUUUUUGCAAUUGCAUAGAAUGAUCGUUCAUCUGGAUCCGGAAGGAUAAACACAAAAUCAGUUUCGGAGUCAUGGAAUUGAAGUACACUCUCUUUCUCCUUCGACUCUAUUCACUACAUUACGUUCGACUCCGGGCUCUUCGAUACAUUACCUACAUCAGCGUCCGGAAAACUUUCGAGGGAAUAAUGAUGUUGGUUGUACUUUGUAUACUGUGUGGUCUCAACGUUUUUGUCCUACUAUGAUGGGCCCUAUGUAUCAUUCAUUAUGUUUGUAAUUGGCUAUUCUCCUCUUUUCGAUUAAAUGUAUUAAAAUAAUUGUUUUAGAUAUGGAUUUUGUUGCUUCAUUUCUCCAUGCCUGAAUGUGUGGAUAUUGAUAGAAAAUUUGGGU